UCCCGGGGAAGUUGUCCCUGGAUCACGGGACCCUGGCAGUGGUGGGCUGCACAGGCUCCCGGGAGGGGCGGUGUGGAGAGUGACCUGUGCUCGCACACAGCCUUCUUGGUGGCGGCAGCAGCAGCCUUAGCGUCUCCUGCCCGUCUCUGGGGUCCGCGCUGAUAACGGCGGCUCGCGCCUGUCUCUGGGGUCCGCGCUGAUAGCCGUGGCUCGCGCCCGUUUCUGGAGUUCGUUUAGGCGGCGCUCUGAAUCCCCUCUCCUUGCGCACCGUGAAACAAAGCGGCAAGAGAAAGUCUCUUGCCUCUUCGGCAGCUGCAGACUUUUUCCCGGACUCCCUCCCGGCUAGCACCAAAGCCGGAACCUCAGCUCCCAGCCCCCGCACGCCCCGGCGGCUGAGCAGACAAGCCUCUCGGGCUGGUCGGUCCUUUCAGCCUGCUUGCCAUCGGGAUCCUCACCGUGCACUGCAUGGUCAUCCUGUUGAACUGUGCUCAUCACCUAAGUCAGAGGUACACUGUCAGUUUUUUAUUAAUCAUCACCCAAUUGGGCUUCUGCAGUGUUUAUUUUAUGUUUAUGGCAGACAAUUUACAACAGAUGGUGGAAGAAGCCUACGUGACCUCCAACACCUGCCAACCCAGGAAGAUCCUGGUGCUGACCCCCACCCUGGACAUUCGUUUCUACAUGCUGACAAUCCUGCCCUUCCUGACCCUGCUGGUGUUUAUCCAGAACCUCAGGAUUCUGUCCAUCUUCUCAGCACUGGCCAAUAUCACCACCCUGGGGAGCAUGGCUCUGAUCUUUGAGUAUAUCGUGCAGGAGAUUCCAGAUCCCAGGAACCUACCCUUGAUGGCAAGCUGGAAGACUUUCUUGCUGUUCUUCGGUACAGCCAUCUUCACGUUUGAAGGCGUCGGUAUGGUUCUGUCUCUCAAAAACCAGAUGAAGCACCCACAGCAGUUUUCUUUUGUUCUGUACUUGGGGAUGUCCCUUGUCAUCGUCCUCUACAUCUGCCUGGGGACACUGGGCUACAUGAAGUUUGGGUCAAACACCCAGGCCAGCAUCACCCUCAACUUGCCCAAUUGCUGGUUGUACCAGUCGGUCAAGCUGAUGUACUCCAUUGGCAUCUUCUUCACUUAUGCCCUCCAGUUCCACGUGCCAGCUGAGCUCAUCAUCCCCGUCGUCAUCUCCCAGGUGUCAGAGAGCUGGGUGCUGUUUGCAGACCUGUCUGUCCGCACGGCCUUGGUCUGUCUGACCUGUGUCUCAGCCAUCCUCAUCCCCCGCCUGGACCUGGUCAUCUCCCUGGUGGGCUCCGUAAGCAGCAGUGCCCUGGCCCUCAUCAUCCCACCCCUCCUGGAGCUCAUCACCUUUUACCCUGAAGACAUGAGCUGUGUCACCAUUGCAAAAGACAUCAUGAUCAGCAUCCUGGGCCUUUUGGGGUGUGUAUUUGGAACAUACCAAGUCCUCUAUGAGUUGAUCCAACCCAUCAACCAUUCCAUAGCCAACUCCACAGCUGUCUAUGCAUAAUUGUCUGUUUUUAUUCUGAUAGUUCUCCCUUACUCCGAUCCCCAAUUUGACUUCUAUUGUGGAUGUUAUAUACAUUCAUCAAACCCCAACAUCUCUAUAUUAAUUAGUGGCUUCUUUAUCUUUCCAAGAGAAAUGUAGGUGACACAAGUCAGUAUUGAUACCUCUCAGGCUAUGUCUUUUCUGGUUUUGGAUUUCUCUGGAGGCCUUUUGUACCUCUGAACCAAAACCACAUUCAACCAUUUGUAUUAUCAGCCUCAUUUAAUGGGAAAAAGGAUGCCAUUUGCCCAUGAUAUCCCUGGAAACAGAGACCAAGCAAAAAUAUAAAUGCAAAAGGAGUUGUUUUCUCUAUUCUGCAGUAACUACCCUUAAAGCAUCAGGUUUAGAAAAGUGUAUUUUGGGGGAAGAGGAGUUUCUAUUUAGGUAUGGUUCUAAGUGGAAGAGUCACAGAACAAAAAUAGUACUUAGCAGUAAUUUUUCUAACCAAUAGCUCUGACACUGAUUUCUGAUGGGAUUUUUUUUUUUUUAAUUUUUAUCCUAUGGGAUCUUGGGCAAGUUUCUCUCCCUGUCCAUCUCACUUUCCCAUUCUGUGAAAUGAAGGAUUGGACUAAUUGGCUAUUAAGGGCUCUUCCAGCUCUGACAUUCUGAAAGCGAAAAAAAAAGAAAAGAAAAGAAAUGAAUUUAUCCCUUAACACAUGUGUGAAUAUCGAAGAGUUUUCUAUCAGCAAGUUACCCUGUUGCCCUGGAGAUACAGGCAUACCAGAAGUAGGUUAAGGGAUAAAAACAUAUUUCUUAGCAAUCUUUCAUUAUGAUGACCUCCCUACUGAGAAGGACAUCACCUCUCUCUCUUUCUUUUUCUCUCUCCCCCAACCCGACCCCCACAUCCUCAGAUAUCUUAAGGCCACUUAGAGCUGAUUUAGGCUAAAGGGGAUGAGCAGUUUGUGUGAGGGAAAGGAUUUCAUCAUGUGCAAGGACUACCGACCUUUUUAAAAAUAAUACUUAGUUUUGGUAAGGGUUUGGAAAAACAAUCUUAUACUCUGCAGAAUACAUUUUUAUGGCUUUUCUGAAGGAUAAUUUUUAUAAUACAUAAGUUUAAAAUGUAUAGUCCUCUGAUCCAAUUUCACUUCUGGGAGUUUAUUCUAAGAAUCUUCUAUGCUUGCAAAAAUGUAUGCAUUAUUUAUGUUGGAAACAAAUAUCCAACAUUAAGUUAAAUUAUGAUUCAUCCAGAAUAGAAUUCUGUGAUGACCCCAAACACUGCAAAAAUGCACCUAUUGAUAUGCAAAUAUAUUUGUGAUUUAUCAGUGGGGAAAAAAAAAAAAAACUGGUUUAAAACACUCUGUGAACCAAAACUAGGCAAAGACAUUACAAGAAAAUAGAGCUACAGACCAAAAUCCUUCAUGGAAAUAGAUGUAAAAAUUCUAAACAAAAUUUUAGCAAAUCAAUAUAAUCAAUGUAAUUCACCAUAUUAACAAACUAAAAAGAGAAAAAUAUAUGAUCAUCUCAAUAUAUACAGAAAAACAUCUGGCAAAAUCUAAUGUCUAUUCCUAGAAUAAAACUCUUGGCAACCAGGAAUAGUAGGCAACUUUUACAACUGGUAAAAAGCAUCUGUGAAAAAUCUAUAGCUAACAUCAUACUUGAUAAGGAAAGACUGAAGAUCAAAAACAAAAUACAGGGACUUCGCUGGUGGCACAAUGGUUAAGACUCCAUGCUCCCAAUGCAGGGGGCCUGGGUUCGAUCCCUGGCCGGGCAACUAGAUCCCACAUGCGUGCCGCAACUAAGACCCAGUGCA